UUUUGUAAAUCCCUCUUUAAGUAUCGUAGAGAGAGAAGACAAUUCGCUCACGAUAUUUGUGCUGCCGAAUUCACAAAAUUGCCGAUUUCAAGUUUCCAAGGCACUAAGAACAAGUUAAGCCGUUUCCGAUUGUGAAAUUCCCUUUCCGUCGACGAAAAUCGCGGAAAUAACAGCUUUGUGACGGAUGGGGGUUCCUGCGUUUUACCGGUGGCUGGCGGAUCGGUACCCUCUGUGUAUUGUGGAUGUGGUGGAGGAGGAACCAGGUCGGGAUGAAGGGCCUGUUGACAUAUCAAGGCCAAACCCUAAUGGCAUUGAGUUCGAUAAUUUGUAUUUGGAUAUGAAUGGUAUAAUUCACCCUUGUUUCCACCCCGAAGGCAAGCCUGCACCUGCCACUUAUGCAGAUGUAUUUAAAUAUAUCUUUGAUUACAUUGACCAUGUUGUAUCAUUGGUUCGUCCAAGAAGGCUCCUUUAUUUGGCAAUUGAUGGUGUGGCUCCCAGGGCUAAAAUGAACCAGCAAAGGUCUCGUCGUUUCAGGGCUGCUAAGGAUGCUGCUGCAGCUGAAGCUGAAAAAGACAGGUUGAGGAAAGAGUUUGAACUUGAGGGGGAAAAACUAUUGCCAAAAGGAAAGACUGAAACAUCCGAUUCAAAUGUUAUCACCCCUGGCACUCCAUUUAUGGCUGUCCUCUCUAUAGCACUUCAAUACUAUGUGCAGUCAAGGUUGAACCGAAUUUCUGGAUGGCAGUUUCUCAAGGUUAUUCUUUCUGACGCUAAUGUUCCUGGCGAGGGUGAGCACAAAAUUAUGUCUUAUAUUCGUUUACAACGCAACAUUCCUGGUUUUGAUCCAAACACUAGGCACUGUCUAUAUGGACUGGAUGCUGACCUGAUCAUGCUCUCACUAGCUACUCAUGAAGUCCACUUUUCAAUACUGAGGGAGGUGAUUACUUUUCCUGGGAACCAGGAAAAAUGCUUUCUCUGCGGCCAAGCAGGCCAUCUGGCAGCUGAAUGUCGUGGGGGAGCCAAUGGUGAUGGUACAAAGUAUGCAGACGACACUCCCAUUCACAAGAUGAAGUAUCAGUUUCUCAACAUCUGGGUUUUGCGAGAAUACUUGGGAUAUGAGCUGAAUAUUCCAAAUCCUCCAUUUGAAAUUGAUUUCGAGAGACUGGUGGAUGAUUUCGUGUUCUUAUGCUUUUUUGUUGGCAAUGACUUUCUUCCUCAUAUGCCUACAUUGGAAAUUAGAGAGGGUGCCAUAAAUUUGCUCAUGUUUGUAUAUAGAAGGGAAUUCGCUGCAAUGGGUGGUUAUCUUACAGAUGCUGGUGAGGUUUUCUUGGACCGGGUCGAAACUUUUGUUCAGGCAGUUGCGGUGCAUGAAGAUCAAAUUUUUAAAAAAAGAACCCGUAUACAGCAGGCAUAUGAGAAUAAUGAAGAGAUGAAGCAAAGAGCAAGGGGGCAGGCUAGUCAAAAUCCUAAUGCUUCAGCUGGGGACAAGGUGAAAUUGGGGGAACCUGGAUAUAAAGAAAGGUAUUAUUCUGAGAAAUUUGGCACGUCUGAUCUGCAGAAGAUUGAUGAAAUACGAUCAGAUGUGGUUUUGAAGUUUGUGGAAGGGCUGUGUUGGGUUUGCCGCUAUUAUUACCAAGGUGUCUGCUCAUGGCAGUGGUACUAUCCAUAUCAUUAUGCUCCAUUUGCAUCUGAUCUUAAAGGCUUAACUGAUUUAGAGAUAACCUUCUUCCCAGGGGAGCCUUUUAAACCCUUUGAUCAAUUAUUGGGAACCCUGCCAGCUGCGAGUUCUACUGCUCUGCCUGAAAGAUACAGAAGGUUGAUGUCUGAUCCUGCAUCACCUAUUGUUGAUUUCUAUCCAAAUGAUUUUGAAAUCGACAUGAAUGGAAAACGCUUCGCUUGGCAGGGUGUUGCCAAAUUACCAUUCAUUGAUGAGAAGAAAUUGCUUGCUGAGACCAAGAAACUUGAGGAAACUUUAACGGAGGAAGAGCAAUUUCGAAAUUGUGUCAUGUUCGAUUUGUUAUAUGUUCAUCCUCGUCACCCUUUGGCAGCUCAAAUAACCAUCUACUAUCGUUUUUCUGGCCUUGAAAAAUCCCUAUGGCCUGUUGAUGCAGUUGUGAGGUUAAUCCCUAUCUAUUAUGAUGGAACUUUCUAUACAUCAGUUUUCUGCAAUGUUGAUUCUUUUCUAUUGUCUGGUUGUUUCAGUGCUGGAAUGAAUGGAUUUUUGUGGUUAACUAAAAGGAAUGACUUGAAAAGGAAUAUCCCUUCUCCAGUCUACGGUUUGGAAGACAUAACAAACAAUCAAGCCUUAAAUGCGACAUAUCUGAAUCCAGCACCGCAUGCCCACACUCCAAAACCUCCUGCUGGUGUAAAUAUGCCUGUACAGACAGUUAAAUCGUUUGACAUAAAACCUGCCCCAACAUUAUGGCAUGAAGACAAUGGGGGAAGGCACCAGCUAGGCAAAGAAAGACCACAGGUUUCUAGGGCGAUGUCUGGUCCUAUUUUGGGAGAAGCUGCUCAUCGCCUGGUUCACAAUACGUUGAAGAUAAAGUCAGAUCGCUCAAAUUCAAUCAAUUUCCAUGGGAAUCAUGUUGCCAACAGGAUGAGGCCAGCUGGACCACCUGGGUAUGAAAUGGGAGUCUCAGAGAUCCAAAAUUAUCCGAACCAUCAUGCAUCUUAUAGGCCAAGAGUAGCCGUGCCAUCUGGGUAUGGCCGAUAUGGUUAUAACGAACAGGGAUAUUACACCGACCCAAACUCUUUGAGUGUCCAAUACAGCCCUCACACUCUGAUGGGAAGUGCUCGAUACGGUGGGGCCCCAAAUAAUGUGCAAAACAAUAGGCCGAUUUACAACGCGCAAGACAGAUAUUCAUAUCACGAACAGCAUCAUGACCUUAGAGGCGGCAUGUCUGCAUUAACUAUAGAAGGUGGUUCUUCCAAAGGCAGGUCACUUGCAGGAUCUUCUUCAAGAUCGUCGAAUUCUUUUCAGAUGCCACAUACCGCUGCUCAACUCUCACAGCAGACAGGUCCAUUUCCAUCACCACUUCCUAAAUGGAUCGGUAAACAUCUUCCAGACGGGGCUACAGACAUGUAUUAUACGCAACAGACUUCAGUAGCAGUAGGGCAAGGGGGACACCGUUAUCAGGUAAAAAAUAAGACUGGCGCAGAACGUCGCUGAUUCACAAGUCCAACAGUGAUCUCCAAGUAAGAAUGUUGUAAACUGAAUAUGAUAAAUGCCAAUGCGAUCUAGUUAGACUCCGAUGGUAAUGCACCUGAAAUCAAUUGGAGGUGCACAAAUGUUGUUCCUUUUGUUCUGAAAAUUUUCAAGUAAAUUAUAGCGAUCGAUUAAAGAGUAGACACAGGUUUAGUGUAGCAUUCUCUGUAGUGGGAACGAUUUUUAAGUUUCCCUUUCCCAUCUGUCUAAUUCCUGUUUACUGUUUAGCCUAAACAAACUACUCUUGCAGUUAUAAAACAAUGUUCUUGGAUCUUA